ACCACCUUCCUGACCCCUGUCUGCCCAGUGAUCGUUUAAUCGCUUAUCAAUCGUGGAGAAUUUUAUGAUGGAGUACUAAGAUUGUACUUCUGUUUCUGAUCUCCCUUUCUUUUUUGACGGCUCUGUCUAUUGCCAGGCCAUUCGCCGCCUGUCAGACCGGUCGCUGAGGUGCAGGUCCCGCCCGAGAUAAUUGCUUAUCAAUCGGAACCCCCGAUCGCCGCCGCGGCCACUGCAACACCCUAGCGGCCAUGGAAGACAACGCGGAGCUCGAGACUUUUCGACGCCAGUGGCGCGAGGAAGUUUCGCGCCGGACAAAGCCAUCGAAACCAGAACCAGCUCACCCCAAGCUGUCCAGAUCCUCCGCGGCCCCGUCGAGCCAUUUCCCUCCUACCCGCCACGAGGCAUCGGAGCGCAAAGAUGAAGAGGAAGACGGAGGCGCAACAUCGGUUGACCACGGCGAGAUCGUUCAUGGAGUUGGUCAUCUGAGCCUAGGAGUGUCUGAUGAGGAUGCAUUUCACUCGCGAGUACCUCGAAGCGAGCCCAAGUCGGCCUUGGAGCACUUUGAAAGAGCGGUCGAGAGGGAAGCCGAGGGAAGUCUGGGAGACAGUCUACACCACUACCGUAAAGCUUACCGGCUAGAUGCAGCGGUCGAUAAAACAUACCGAAACAAGCAUUUCGCCUCGUUAUGGAAGAAGACUGCGCAGACCCCAGCUUCCAGCGCAUCAGCCGGCAGCGCCACGACAACGCAGCAACCCACAGAUGAACCUACGAUCCUGCCAACGCCUGAGCUCAUCGCUUCGUUUGCCCAUCUUCCUAUCCCGCAGGCCGAACCAGUCAUCGAGAAUACCCCGCCUCCCCCAUGUCCCAUUGCGAAGGUCCCGUCCGAGGUUCUGGUCGAAAUCUUACGGCAUGUGGCUGUGAUCGACCCGGCAGCAUUCUGCCGAACGGCACUGGUUUGCAAACGUCUGGCGUAUCACUUUGCAAACGAGCAGCACAUCUGGAAGCGCCUUUGUCAGGGCUCCGAGUUCGGGUUCAAGGCCAUGCAUUAUUCGUUCGCCUGUGAUAUCCACGGCAUACCGGAAUACACUUUGGGGCCUCGCUACACACCGUUUCCUCGGUCGAUUCCCGUACAGAUUCCCGAGCCAUUGUCUUCGUGGGGUGAAGUGUUCCAGAUGUUCCCUCGAAUUCGGUUCACGGGUAUCUACAUUAGCACCGUCAAUUACACCCGUCCAGGUGCCGCCUCGGUGUACCAGAACACCUCAUGGAACAGUCCCAUUCAUAUCGUGACCUAUUAUCGCUAUCUACGCUUCUAUCCGGAUGGGACAGUCAUUUACUUACUUAGCACAGUGGAGCCACUAGAGGUGGUCCCCUAUAUCAGCCAAGAAAACCUCAAGGCUGCGCGGGCAAUCUCUCAGAAACAGCAUCAUCGUCAAGGGCCAGACGCCGCCUCAGCAGCUACCGAUACCGUUCCCCCUGUCGCAAUGGGGGCGCUGAAGCAGGCUCACCGAGGUCGCUGGCGCUUGGCCAAACCGGCCCCCGCCUCCGAUUCGUCUGAAGAGGCUACACAGGGUGAUAUCAUCUCCGAGUACGACUCGUUGCCAGUCAAGGCUCAAUCGACGGGAGAACCUGACCCUCGUGAUCUGGUCAUUGAAACCGAGGGGGUGGGACCGAAGUAUAUGUACCUCCUACACCUCUCCCUUCGGUCCGUCUCAACACACAAACCUACUAACUCUAACAUGACGCCACCCAACCCAUCCAAAAACACCAAAUUGGCUUGGAAGGGCUACUGGAGUUACAACAAGCUCACGGACGACUGGGCGGAAUUCGGACUCAAGAACGAUCGGGCCUUUGUUUUCCGACGAGUCCGUGGUUGGGGUAUGCAUUGAACAUAGAUCGGUAAACGGGCUAUAGUAAAUGUAGAAUGGCAUGAGCCAUGCAAUGAAGGCAUAGAUUAAAAUUGAGUAAGACUUUUGGACAGACAGUUUCAUAAGGUAUC